UCGUCCCCUCAGUGCCGGCUGAAGCGGUGCGCGGAGGAUGACGGGAAGGCGGCGGGAGGAGACGGGAUUCAACGCGGCGCAAUCCGCCAAGCGGCGGCGGAGGCCGGGAUGGAGGAGAAGCUCAGACGGGUUACUUUAUGGCUAAAAAGGAUCUUUGGGGAUCAACCCAUUCCACAAUACGAAGUGAAUUCACGGACUGUUGAUAUUUUAUAUGAGCUUGCGGAAUGCAAUGAAACCAGAGACAAGGAUGUCUCCCUCGUGAUAGAUGACAUGAAACAGAAGACUGCAGAAUAUGAGUCAGAAGCCAACUAUCUACAGGAACUUCUCAUGGAGAGUGUGAAUCUUUCCUUCAACAGUCUCUCUAGCGCAGGCACCAGCUAUCUGAAUGCAUUGGUAGAUAGUGCAAUGGCGCUUGAAACAAGGGACACUUCCCUGGCAAGCUUCAUCCCCGCUAUCAAUGAUUUGACCUCAGAUUUACAUACGACAGAAUCGAGAAACAGAGAAAUGGAGCUUGAAUUGACCAGCCUUAGGAAAAAGCUAACUGCAGCUCUGGUGUUGGAAAAACAUCUCCAAGAGGACCUUAAAAAAACAGAAGAACAUCUGGCAAUGGAAAAAGCCAAAGCUGACAGCCGAACCCAGAACAUGAAGUUCCUGAAGGAUAAAUCUGAGGACUUCAAAUUCAGGAUAAAGGCUGCAGAGGAACAGCUUUCUGCAAGCGGGAUGGAUCCUUCCUUGACACAUCAGUCAUUAGUGAGCCUCUCAGAGAAACUGUCUGAACUAAAGCAACAGACUGUGCCUUUGAAGAAGAAACUGGAGUCCUACUUGGACUUAACUCCUAAUCCUUCCCUUGCUCGAGUGAAGAUUGAAGAAGCAAAGCGGGAGCUGAAUGCUCUAGAAGCUGAGUUCUCCAGUAAAGUGGACAUGAUGGCACUGUCAGUACCAGAGCCCAGCAAACGCCGAUUUACCUAAAGUCAACUGUAUGGGAAAAGGACUUUUUUUUUUUUUUUUUAAGGUAGACUUUUGGGGCUCCUAAACAUGGUGGUGUAUUCCUCACUGUUGGGGCCUGCGCACUUGCCAUCUUUCUGCCAAGCACACAGAUUUGGUUUUGUAAAAAAUAUGUAUAUUUCUGUUUUCUGUAAGGCUGAAUAAUAAAAACAAGGCUUCUUUCUCUGUCCAUUUUUAGAAAUAUGAGCUAAAACUGGUAAAUGACCUCCAGAUGGCGACCUAAUCAGCAAAAAAGCAGUUUCAUGUUUGGUUAAAUUUCUGUACUAGGUAUCUUCUGUUUUACUAAAUUAGAUCAACUGGGGAAAAAGGGAGGGAGGAAGGAGUUGGGACUUGACAGAAAACUAUCUGGUUAGUCUUGGUCUCUUCUUCUCCCCUACCAGAUUCUGGAGCUCUAGCCUUAGAAGAGUCCUCUAUUUGGUGAGUCAAGGGAAACUAGACAGCAUUUGUUAUUACAUCUUGUGAGAUGAGUCUCCUCACCCAACAUCAAUCACUUUUCUCUUCUCUUCAAAUCCUUUUUUAAAAUGAAUGUAGAGUUCUAGCUGUUAAGACACAGCUUAAUUCCUCUCCCCAUUUUAACAUAACAGGCGCCUGCUGCAGACAUAAAUUGAAGUGACUGACUUGAAAGGCACUGAGAGUAGUAAGGCCACUAUAGAGUAGUAGCACCACUAUAGCCUGUUCAAGCCUUGGAGCCAGCCAACAAGGAGGAUGCCUUUUUUUUGGUGGGAUAGAUGGCUGCCUGCCAUCGCCCUGAGCUCAGUUCCUCAUUUCAUAGAGAGCACUGAACAGCCUUUGGCUGGCAACAGCUUUCACUGCUCACCUGGGUUGGAUUUGAAUCAGUGACCUAGAGCUGAAAUCUCCUAAUACUGACCCCAUGAGGGUCUCCACUUGCCCUGCAGUCUAAUCAAAUUAGAUUAUAUCCUCAACUGUGAGGUUUGCACUGGGUUAAGGCUUUGCUGCCUUCCUUGUUCUUUUUAGUACAUAAUGAUUAAUAUUAAAUCAAUGGAAGAAACUCCAGAGAACUUGCUGUAGUUCAGCUAUGAGGGGAAAAGUGAUAGAAAAAAGAUAUAGGUGCCUAAUUGACACUUCUAGUUCUGGGAGCUCCUAAGCUUUGGGUGUAUUGAGCCUGGAGAAUGUAGAAAUACAAGCAAUGACUGAAUGAGCAGGCAAAUGAGGGGAGAAGAGUUCAUUGCCUACAUUAGUCACCACUGCAUGCCAAUUACUGUCCCCUCCUUCAGCUGCACUCCCCCUUCAAUUCACAGUAGGGAUUGGGCUUUACUGGAUCUAUAGGAGGAUCUACUUUCUCCAUGACCUUGUUCCCGCUUGUGCCUACCUGCUUCUUGAUGCAAUGCCAGCAUGGGAUCUAGGGCUACGGUGAGCUUGAUUAUGUGUGAGAUCAGGAGCAGCAGAUCUACAGGGCUGGUGUGCUAUACUCUCAACCUCCUUUGUGGUUCUCCCCAAACCUUUCCCUAUGGGGAUGAUUUGAAGAAAGCUCUGCGAGCUGAAUCUCCUGGACCAUCUCACCUUCCCAGAGGAGAGGACUGUUGGGGUUUGGCUGCUAAACGGUAAUGUUAAAUAAGCCAGGAUUAGGGCUAUUUACCCUUGUAGAUGGUCUCACUUCUUUCUAGGUUCAGCUAAUAGGACCCAGAGGCUUCAGGAACAUCAGUCUGCUGGAUACAGGGUGGCAGUGGACUAGCUGGGAAUAAUACUUGAGUGAAGCUUCAUUCAGAUCAGUGCUAAGUUAAGCCCUUGAUUUUAGUACAGUACACUGCAAACUUGCAUUUUUCCACAUCUGGCUUUGCAGCAGCAGAACCUACCCAAGCAUCCACGCUACGUACGUUGGUAUCGGCCGACAGCCUGACUAUACAGGCAGCAGCAGGGGCUGGAGUUUGACUUCAGUGCUACUGUCCAAAGAUAGCUGGAUUGCUGAAACCUAUCCUACUUGGUACUGUUAGGAAAUGUCCCGGGGGUGGGGGGAAUCAAACAGCUGUGUGCUAGCUCUGUGCCAGAACUGUGCCAUCUGCUGCAGUCACAUAAAUCAGUUGCCACAGCACAGUUCAGCUUUCAGUUAGUGUGGUGAAAAUCAAAUAAAUGUUAGACCUUGACACUUAUUUUUAACGAGUUCUCAGUUCUUCAAUUACAUAGUGUUGUAAAUGUACACGUUGCUUUACAAAACAGUAAGAGAUCCCUUAUCGUUGGUAUUGUACAUUAUGAAACAGUCUCACAACUGAAAAUACUCCAGACCCUAGAUAGUCCAGUUCAAUUUAAAUUAUCUGUUCAUUUUUCUGAAAGACAUUGCACCUGAUUUUCAGAGGUGCUGAGUAUGCACCAUUUCAACAGAAGGCCCCUCCUCUUGCCAAAACUUGUGUGCUUACUUAUCUUUAUGUAGUUUCAUUGAUUUCAACAGGAUUUACUCACUGACCAUAAAAUUAAGCAGGCAUGAAGGCUUUUGCAGGAUUGGGGCCAAAAGGCCCAGAUCUUCAAAGUAUUUAAGCACCAAUGGACACUUUUGAGGAGCUGGGCCAAAGUCAGUAUGAGUUACGGAAUUGUUCAGUCACUGAAAAGGGGAGAUUACAAUGGGUCAUACUGAAAGGUGAAUCAACCCAGUUACGCUUAUCACGUACAAAAGAUAUUUGAUCAUAAUGCAAUAAUCUGGCCCAAAACAAACACUGUUCUUCCAUUGACAAAAUCAAGAUAUCAAAAACAUCUCUGGAAAAGAAAAAUAAUACAAGUACAUGAUAUGUUGGUCAUUUUCAAAUACACAUUCAUAUGUGUACAUUAUUUUACUAUACAAUGAUAGUUACUUUUCCUAUUAAUUGCUAACAUAAUUCCUAUUUUUAAGAAAGGGAAAAAAAGUGAUCCGGGU